UCUCUCUCUCUCUCUCUCUGCACUCUGCACAGCCGCGCAACUUUGAUGGAGAAUUUCACAGCUCUCAGGAAAAAUGCCUGUUAUGAAGGGAUUAUUAGCGCCACAAAACACCUUCCUCGACACCAUAGCAACGCGUUUUGAUGGGACACACAGUAAUUUUAUACUUGCAAAUGCACAGGUGGCGAAGGGAUUCCCCAUAGUUUACUGCUCAGAUGGCUUCUGUGAACUCACUGGGUUUGCCCGGACUGAAGUUAUGCAGAAGAGUUGUAGCUGUAGAUUUUUAUAUGGUCCUGAAACAAAUGAACAGAUAACUCUUCGAAUCGAGAAAGGUUUGGAUGAAAAGACAGAAUUCAAAGGAGAUAUCAUGUUUUACAAGAAGAAUGGUACUUCCUUCUGGUGCCUGCUUGAUGUCGUCCCAAUUAAGAACGAGAAAGGGGAUGUGGUGCUUUUUUUGGCUUCUUUCAAAGACAUCACCGAUACAAAAGUGAAGAUUGCCCUAGAGGAUAAAAAGGAAGAAAAAUACAAGGGAAGAGGCAAAGCAGGAACACAUUUAAAUUCAGCUCGCAGAAGGAGUCGAGCUGUUCUUUAUCACAUUUCUGGCCAUCUGCAAAAGCGAGAGAAGAACAAAUUAAAGAUUAAUAAUAAUGUUUUUAGAAACAAGCCACCACUGCCAGAGUACAAGGUUGCAGAUGCAAAAAAGUCGAAAUUCAUCCUUUUGCAUUACAGCAUUUUUAAAGCUUGGUGGGACUGGCUUAUAUUAUUGGCAACGUUUUAUGUUGCUGUGACUGUACCAUAUAAUGUUUGUUUUAUUGGCAUUGAUGAAAACUUGCCUACAGCACGAAGCACAACAGUUAGUGACAUUGCGGUCGAAAUUCUGUUCAUCAUAGAUAUUGUUUUGAAUUUUCGAACAACAUAUGUCAGUAAGUCUGGCCAAGUUAUAUUUGAAGCUCGAUCUAUUUGUAUCCAUUAUGUAACAACAUGGUUCAUCAUCGAUUUGAUAGCCGCCCUCCCCUUCGAUCUCCUCUACGCUUUCAAUGUAAAUGUGGUCUCAAUUGUACAUCUUCUAAAGACCGUUCGCCUGCUGAGACUGUUACGACUGUUGCAGAAGCUGGAUCGUUACUCCCAGUACAGCACAAUAGUCCUGACUCUAUUGAUGUCCAUGUUUGCAUUGUUGGCCCACUGGAUGGCGUGCAUCUGGUAUGUCAUUGGCAAGAUUGAAAUGGAGGAUAAUGACCCACUUACAUGGGACAUUGGCUGGUUACACGAAUUGGGCAAACGUCUGGAAACGCCAUAUUAUGGCAAUAAUACACUCGGAGGACCUGGAGUCAGAAGUGCCUACAUUGCUGCUCUCUACUUUACCCUGAGUAGUCUCACCAGUGUGGGAUUUGGAAAUGUUUCAGCCAAUACUGAUGCAGAGAAGAUCUUUUCCAUCUGCACAAUGCUGAUAGGAGCACUGAUGCACGCAUUGGUCUUUGGAAACGUAACUGCCAUCAUUCAGCGUAUGUAUUCCAGGUGGUCGCUCUAUCACCACAGAAUUAAAGACCUGAAGGAUUUCAUUCGUGUCCAUCAUCUGCCAAAGAUGCUGAAGCAACGAAUGCUGGAGUAUUUCCAGACAACUUGGUCUGUGAAUAACGGAAUAGAUGCUAAUGAGCUUUUGAAGGAUUUUCCAGAUGAGUUACGGUCAGACAUCACUAUGCACUUGAACAAGGAAAUUCUACAACUUUCUCUGUUUGAACCUGCCAGCCAUGGCUGUCUCAGGUCCCUCUCUCUCCAUAUCAAAACUUCCUUCUGUGCUCCUGGGGAGUACCUCCUUCGACAAGGAGAUGCCUUGCAAGCCAUCUAUUUUGUUUGCUCAGGUUCCAUGGAAGUACUUAAAGGUACCAUGGUGCUGGCAAUUCUUGGUAAAGGUGAUCUAAUUGGUGCAAAUCUUGCAAGUAAAGAUCAAGUUAUCAAAACAAAUGCGGAUGUUAAAGCUCUAACGUAUUGUGACCUGCAGUGUAUUAAUCUGAAAGGCCUCUGUGAGGUGCUGGAGUUGUACCCGGAAUACUCCCAUAGAUUCAUGGAGGACAUUCAUCACGAUCUUACCUAUAACCUCAGAGAAGGUCAUGAGAGUGAUGGUAUUUCAAGACUAUCAAACAAAUCAUGUACCAUAUCCCAGUUAGAGUCAAAAGGAAAUGGGAACUUAAACAUGGAAGCACUCCCAUCCAUUGCAGAAGACCAAGAGGAGGUGGACGAGGAGGAUGAGACAACCCCAUUAUCCCGUAUCUCUACCAGGUUUACAUCCCACAAUCGGCCUCUGGACCUUAACAAGACUCUGAACACCAGAGGUUCACAGGGAACUGAUCCACAGUUAGUCUCUGGCCCCAAGGCCUUCAGAUCUCCUGUUAGGGGCUGCAGCAUAAGCACAAGGAGCAGACAUGACAGUGAACCUGUUCAAACAAAAGAGAUGAAAGACCAAAAUUUAAAACUGCACCUAUCUGCAAUAAACAACUUUGCUCCUCCACACCUCAGCCCAAGAAUUGUUGAUGGUAUUGAGGAUGAAGAAAGUUCAAUAGGAAACCAAAGCUUUGAGUUCUGCAGUGAAAAAAUAGGACAGGAGUCAUCUCAAACUACUUCAGCAAAAGACUUUGAUCAAGUUACUCCUGCAAUGCUGGCUGCAAAAGCUGAAGAGACAAAACAACAGGUCAAAAGGCUAAAUGAUGAGAUGAAUAAUCUAACCCAGGAAGUGUCUAAGUUGGGGAAGGACAUGCACAGUGUCGUGCAUCUUUUGGAAGGACUUUUGGCAGCACAGAAAACUUCUCCUUUCUGGCCUGUACAUGGUACUCAUACAAUGGACAACUUGAGACCGAGAAUGACUUGGAUGUCACAUCAGCCUUGUUUCCAUAUGCAAAGGGGAGCGGCCCCUUGCACAAUAACAAACCCAGCACCAAGCACAACAGCAUCAAGCGUAUGGUCCUUAGACCCAGCUGUCCAAUACAGUAACUCUCAGGCAAUAGGAAUGAUUUCUCAAAGACUAAUGGAGAGUGAGCAUUACCACACACACUCCUCUCCAGUUCAUUCUCAUCAUUGCCAGUUCCCGCAGGCUGACCAUUUGCCAUUUGAAAGAUGUGUACCUCCAUACCCGGAGAGCACCUUAACCCCUCUUCAGUCCAUUUCAGUUACCCUGUCAACUUCAGCAAGUUCAUCGCCCGAGACUCCAAUCUCACUGGUGGCCCACUGCAAGUCAAAAGAGAGCAGCAUCUCAAACCUGGGUCCGGUUGAUUCAUCGGGCCUUGGGAAUUCACCCAUUUCCUGGGAACUUGAAGGAAUGGCAAGCAUCUCUUUGUCAAGCACAACCACAUCACCCGUAGACAUUGUGACAAGUUCAGUUGAUUUAAAGGAUGACAACUCCAUUAAUGUAUAAUGAUGGUGACAAACUGUCACACACGUACA